AGAAGUAAUGGCAUAGACAUGUAUAUCACGACCACGAUUGCGAAUACAAUAAAUUAAAUUACAAUAAACCAGAUGCAACAUGGAAAGAAGUGCUUCAUUAAUUUAAACUGUGGGUGGUGAUAAAAAAGAAACAGUAUCAUCGAUCGAUCGAUCGAUGAUCCAUGGAGAUGGAGGUUUUGGGGUUAUUGCUGAUGAUAGUUUGUGUUUUUCUUGCUUUGGUGUGUUGUUAUUAUGCCUGGAAAGUGUUCGACUUUUUGUGGCUUAGGCCAAAAAGACUGGAGAAAGUGCUGAGGAAGCUGGGUUUGAAGGGAAACCCUUACAGGUUCUUACUCGGAGACCUUAGGGACAUGGCGAGGUUGUCUGAAGAAGCCAGGUCAAAGCCUAUGGCUAGUUUCGGCCAUGAUAUCGUCCCCAGAGUUACUCCUUCUGUUCCUCAAAUCCUCAGCAAAUACGGUAAGGAUAGUUUUGAAUGGUAUGGGCCAAUACCCUCAGUGAUUGUUUGGGAACCUGAACAUAUCCGAGAAAUUUUGUCAAAGAAUUACAUCUACCAAAAGCCUCCCGCAAAUGUUGCAGUUCAAGAAAUAGCAAAAGGUGUAUUGUGGAUGGAAGAAGAGAAAUGGGCUAAGCAUAGAAAGCUUAUCAACCCGGCCUUCCGUGUCGAGAAAUUGAAGCUCAUGGCGUCGUCGUUUUACUUGAGUUGCUAUGACAUGUUGAGUAAAUGGGAUGAGAUUAUUCCGAAUGAAGGGGCGUCUGAAUUGGAUGUGUGGCCUUAUCUUCAAACUCUUACAAGCGACGUCAUUUCGCGCACUGCCUUUGGUAGUAACUACGAAGAAGGAAGAAAAAUAUUUGAACUCCAAAGGGAGCAAGCUGAGCUUGUCCUAAAAGCGAUUCUCUUAGUUUACAUCCCAGGAUGGAGGUUUCUACCCACUCGAAAUAAUAGAAGAAUGAAGGAAAUUGUAAAGAUAAUUAAUUCAACUUUGAUGAGCAUCAUCGAGAAAAGGAUGAAAUUGCUAGAAGCUGGUGAGGGUAGUAGUGACGAUUUACUUGGUUUGCUACUAGAAUCGAAUCAUAAGGAAAUUGAAGUAGGAGGAAAUAAGCUUGGAAUGAGCAUGGAAGAGGUCAUUGAAGAGUGCAAACUUUUUUACUUUGCCGGGCAAGAGACUACCUCAUCUUUACUUGUUUGGACCAUGAUUUUAUUGGCGAAGUACACCGAUUGGCAAUCUCGUGCAAGAGAUGAGGUUUUACAACUCUUUGGAAAAAGAAAACCCGAAUAUCAAGAAUUAAACAACCUCAAAAUUAUAAACAUGAUAUUCCAUGAGACCAUGAGAUUAUAUCCCCCGGGUAUCAUGAUUAUUCGAAUGACUAAGGAAGAAAGUAAAUUAGGGGAGAACUUAAGUCUACCGGCCGGGGUGCAACUUCUAUUGCCAAUCAUUUUGUUGCACCAUGACAAGAAAAUAUGGGGUGAUGACGUAAAAGAAUUUAACCCCUCGAGGUUUAGCGAGGGAGUUUCUCAUGCUACGCAAGGCCAAAUGGCAUAUCUGCCAUUUGGAAGCGGGCCUCGGGUUUGUUUGGGACAAAACUUUGCCAUGACAGAAGCUAAAAUGGCGAUGGCUAUAAUCUUACAACGUUAUAGUUUCAGUCUUUCUCCAUCGUAUUCACAUGCUCCUUUCACCGUAUUUACUCUUCAACCUCAACACGGUGCGCACUUGAUGCUGGAAAAGCUAAAGGAUUAAUUGUCUCUAUUUAAAUUAUAUGUUUCUGAUUAAAAUCUUCUAUACAAAAAAUUAAAAAAAAAAAAA